CAACUUUGUUCAUGCGAAGGGAGUUUGCUGGAAGAGCUUAUCAGCGUAGCGCUGUUUCGAGCUUGGAUAACAAACUUUAUCGCGCGAGUUCCGGGAGAUUCGAAGGCUCACACGGGAGUGUUUACAGUCAAUACUUGGUCAACGAUGCCACGAUACAAAAAAGGAUUGAUUGGAAGGCGACCUAAGCGUGCUGGCAAAAAGUCACAAACCCUAGAUCCGCAAUCAUCCCUAGAGGAUCCAGCUACGCCCACCACACAUCAUGAAGACCACACUUACACAGUAUCUCAACCAGUUGUGUUUGAUGACAACACUGUUCGACAACUGCAGAGGGCUGAGGCGUGGGCAGAGUUUUACAUCAGCCCAGUUGAGUGCCCUGAAGAACUAAGAGAAUCUCACAGUCCUGAGAAAUCAACAGAUUCUGACAAUUGUUCUGCCGAUGAGUUUUAUGUCCUUGCGGGAGAGAUGCACCAGUAUAACCAUGAAAACAAUCUUGAUGAUGUUGUCAGUAGCAUUCUUCAUCACAGAAGAUACAAACAAUAUUUAUCUUUGAAAAGGGCUUUGUUUGAGGAGUAUGAGCAACUUGGAGACUUCACAGUUAUUCGGGCCAAAGAGGAUGUAAUUACACUGGUUCAGUUCUAUGACGGUUCUGAGUUGGCUUUGAAACUGUCAGUGACAAUCACGCCGUCACUACUGGCAUCCAUCUCGGUCCACAGACAGAAAAUCCAACAGGAUCAUGAUUUCUGGAUUGGCUUGCCCAAGUUCUUGUCAACUGUAACUGAUGUUAAGAAACUUUUAUCAAAGUUGUCCUCUUUCCAAGUUUGCCCUGGUAAUUAUGAGGACAAAUUCAGCCACCUGGUGCCAAUAGGUGUUGGGUUGAGUCAGGCAGUUGCUUCUGGCAUGUCCGCAUACAGAGAGGGGGACUUUGGAGUAAACACCAACGGCAUCCAGUUCAGCUCGACCGUUAGGUCAACAAGUUGUGCCCUGUUGGUGUUUGGGAAAAUGAGAUGUGGUCAUUGUUGUAGAUAUCGGUCUACCCUCAGGAAAAAUCUGUCCCGGGAAAGUUUAUCUCCUAAACAUUGUCAGCCACAACCUGAUAAACUGUCUCAUAAGACGCAUAAACACAUGACGAAACUAGAACUUGUGCACAAAUAUAAAAUUAUUAAAACUCAUAAUCAGUCACUUAAGAGUGAGCUGGAUCAACUGAGAGGGAAAGUGUACAAUACAAUGUGAAGCAAAGGGCUCAAGCUACAUGAUUCUAAUGAUCAAGACUUAAGAGACAUGCCGGAAGAAUACAGUUCUGUGACACAGAAGCGCUUGUUCUGUUCAGAGAUGAAAGUUGCGGGUUCAUAUGCCCUAGAACCUAGCAGGACCACCUCUGUUGUCAAGUGGUAGAGAAUCUACCCAGAGAGUUGAAAGUCCGGGGUUCGAUCCCUGGCCGCGUCAUACCAAAAGCUGUCAAAAGCUGGUACUUGUUGUUACCCUGUCUGUUUGCUCAGCAUUAAGGGGCUAAAACAAGGACUGGUCGG